AUGCCUCCAGCGCAGCACGCUCCGGCCAGUCGAAUACACGACGGGAUCGAAAACCUAUGGCGCAGACUCAUGGACCGGGGUUUCCUCACGUACGGGGAUCUAUUUGAUCUCGACAUCGCGAGCCUGUUGACUUGCAUCGGUGAAUAUCCCGCUGUCGUGCCAGACGCAUCCUUCGUGAUCGAUUUCGGUUUCACUUCACACGCACUGUGUCAAACAGAGUGCGGAGUGUCGCAGUCUCCCCUGGACAUCAUGCGGAAGAUGGCGAACAUGUGGGAUCGCCGCCUGAUCGCCGCCUGCGGGAUCUUCAUCCUUCUGCUGAAGGAAUCGCAUCCGAACCCCGGGGGGAAGGUCCCAGGGAGCAUCCCCAAAGCGUGGAUCGAGGCCGCCAAAGCCGAGAAGGAUGGGCGGAAGUUGGACUCCAAGGCGGAAGGAUGGGGGAAGUGGGAACUGCUUGGAAGGCAUCCCAGUGGCGGGAGAGCAUCAAAAGGGCACGGUAAGGCCCCCUUGGAUUGCCGUCCUCGGGACGCCCUCAAGCCGAUGGUGGAGGUGUGGCCGGACCACGUAACACCCCCUAUUGCCCUCCGAAAUAUCGCCGUUUAUGGUGCGACGCAUGCGUACGCACUUGCGGUACUCCCUUCGGAGUACCACAAGUUUCGUCAAGCCGUCGAUGAACACUGGGACCUCCCCAGGAUACUUGAGGAAUUCGUUUUCGUGGAAAUCCGUUUGAACAUGUCGUCAGACACGCUCAUGCCGAGCAUCAACCCCCACCUCUCCCCACUCGAAACCGUACGUCGCUUCAAGGACCACUUAUCCCGCUUGUGGGUCCUGGUUUACCAGGUCCUCGCUGCCGUGAACGCUCGUGAAGAAGACGAAGAUCUUCGCGCUGAACUCCACCAGUUUCCGGGCAUGGCGGCUCCCGGAAACAAGGUCUUGUUGAAGAUCGCCGAGGAGGACGUCCCUAAUUAUUACACGCAGUUACCCAGUCUGGAUCGGUCGAACGCCGUGGUUGACCUGGUGCUGACGUCGCAGCAGGGCUUCUUCGAUGCGUUCGACGCUUUCACCGAGCACGCCCCGUCAAACAUCCUGCCGUAUGCCAUGGCGGGAGGUCGAACCCGAGUACGCACGCGCGUCGACGAGCGGUUGAUGAGCGAAAAACAGGCGCAGGAGCGGACCAACGCUAAGGCCGAGGGCAAACACGUCCAGGGGAGGGGGAAGGCCGGAUCUUCGAAGGGUAAAGGAAAGAGUGUGCGGUCAAAGUAG